AUGACAUCAAAAUCAGCGAGAAGCAAACAAGUGCGAUUGACAGACUGGCAAUUAUUUACCAACAAUGGAAAUUUUAAUAAUCCAGUACCUCCUAGUAGACGACUAAACAAGCGAUAUCCCUAUUUUGUAGACGAUAUUGAUGCCAACAGUGUACGUACACGUUGUAGAACAGCAAAAAGUCGAAAUCAAUCAGCAAUAAGCACAAGUACAAGAAGAAUAUUAAGUGCACGAUCUAUCUAUUAUCGACGUGCACCACGAGUCAAACCGGUUUAUCUCGAUCUCAAUGAAGAAUGUGAUGAAAUUCAUAUUUAUCCAUCAACGAAAUUACCAACAGCUAGAACAUCAACAGCUUGUUCACAACGUUCGCAUAUUUGGGAACCUCAAUCAUGGUCAUUUUCUUAUCUUCAUCGAGCAAUUAUUGCUAUUGAUGAACAAGCUAAAAAAGAUUAUUUAGCUGGUCGUACAAUGAAUGCACUUGCAGCCUGGCAAAAUGCACUUAUCUUUUGUGAUCAAUUAAGUCAGAGAACACAAUUAUGGCCUGAAAACAAAGCCCAACUUGAUGAAGAAAUAGCGGCGUUGAAACGCACAUACAAAAAACAUAUGGAAGAAAUAAUGAGAAACAAUCAGAAUAUUCAUCCAAAUCAACAAUUUUCCGUCCCGACAAGAAAAUGUACAAUGUGUCGAACAGAACAAACUCUCGAUCAAUUUCAUGAACGAUUAAGUAAUGAUUGUCACCAUGUUGAACGUACAAUUUGUGACAAAUGUGUUUAUGAAAAUGGAAAAUUUCAACUUGAAAAUUUUCCUAAUAGUGAAUUAACUUGUCCAGAACCAAAUUGUAGAGCAACAUUUAAUAUAAAAGAAAUUCGUCAUCUUAUACCAACGAUUCCUAACAAUGAAACAACAGAAAAUUCUGAUCGUCAUAAACGAAGUCAUAGUAAAGAAAGAAAAACUGAAUUUAUUUGGUGUGCUUAUGAAGAAUGUGGUUCAGGUCAAUUUCAUAUUAUGAGUCAACCAUCAUCUUCAAUAGUAACAUGUGUUUUAUGUAAAAGACAAACAUGUGCUUUACAUCAUAUUAAAUGGCAUAAAGGUCUUACAUGUCAAGAAUAUGAUCAACAACAACAACAACAAGAACAAGAACGACAACAAGCUAUUGAAAAUGCAGAAAAACAAUGUCCUAAAUGUCAAUAUAUAAAUGAAAAAAAUCUAAAUUCUGAUCGUACAAUAUGUUCAAUAUGUAAAUAUGAAUAUUGUCCGGAAUGUAAAGCAGAUUAUAAAGAAAUUCAAAAGAAUGGUCUUCAUCAUCAUAAAACAACAUGUAGUCGCUAUCAGGACAAUUCGAAAAAGAAAUCAUCUAAAUCAAGUGCUUGCACAAUACUAUAG